AUGAUGAAUAAUAUAAUUCCAUUAUACUUCAUAGCGCUGGUUGCUAUCAUUCAAACAGUAUCAACAAUAGACAAUAAGAACAACAUGAAUGAUAAGAGUAAUAAUAAUAAUAAUAAUAAUAAUAAUAAUAAUGAUGAUGAUGAUGAUAAAAAUGUAGGCUUCAUAAUUGCAACUAAUCUACAAGACAAUGAAUACAACAAAGGAAAAUUUUUACGCGAUAUUCACCAAAUCAUUGAUGGUCAAUCGCAUCGUGCAAGAGCCGAUGUUGUUUAUCAUCAACGUUUACGUGAUGGUCAAUGCGUUGUUGAAUAUGAUGGUAAAAUUUUAACAGAAAAUAGUGUUACACAAAUUCGAAAAAAACUUUAUCGCUUGGAAAAUUGUUUAUUAGAACGAGUGUUUCGUGCAUGUGGCCCAAACUUAUUGUUAAUGUUAGAUAUUGUUUGUCGAGUUGUUGAAACACAUCAAAAAUCAACAACAAUAACAACAACAACACCAACAACAACAAUAGGAUUCGUGCCAAAUAUUCAACAAAAAAAAAUGCCACCAUCAACACUAUUCUUUCAUCGAAAGUUUUCACAACUUUUCAGGUCACCACGAGUGAUUACAGAAGCGUGUUGUGAUAAUUUAUGUACUAUCACUGAAUUAACUAGAUACUGUCAUCGAUGA